GCUAUAAAAGGCGGCGGCGCGGUGGGUAGCGGUGGUGCGCGGGCCGGGCAAGAUGGCGGAGGGCGAUAACAACAGCGUCCACCAGCUGGCUGCAGAAACUGCUAGCUUGGAGGAGCAGUUGCAAGGAUGGGGAGAAGUGAUUUUGAUAACAGACAAAGUUCUUCGCUGGGAGAGAGCCUGGUUUCCUCUGGCACUCAUGAGUGUUGUUUCCUUUUGUUUUCUGAUGAUCUACUACUUGGACCCAUCAGUUCUUUCAGGUGUUUCCUGUUUCGUUAUGUUCCUCUGUUUGGCUGAUUACCUUGUUCCUGCUCUUGCACCUAGAAUCUUUGGCUCUAACAAAUGGACUACAGAGCAGCAGCAAAGAUUUCAUGAGAUUUGUGGCAAUUUGGUGAAAUCUCGUCGCCGACUUUUUGGCUGGUGGAAGCGCCUCUUCACACUGAAGGAAGAGAAGCCUAAGAUGUACUUCAUGACCAUGCUUUUUUCUCUUGCCGUGGUUGCCUGGAUUGGACAGCAAGUUCACAAUCUGUUUCUGACCUAUCUCAUUGUGAGUUUCUUGUUGCUGUUUCCUGGACUAAACCAGCAUGGGAUCAUUACAAAGUAUGUUGGAAUGGCGAAAAGGGAGAUAAACAAACUUCUCAAGCACAAGGAAAAGAAAAAUGAAUGAAGACUUAACUACUCUUCACUUUGUGAAAGGUUUCCUUGGGAACAGUUCUGAGAAUUAACAUAUAAUUAAUAGAAGUUGUGUUGCUCACUGGCUUUUUUUAAUUGGCUCCCUGAGGAAGUGAACAUGUCACUCUAGCAACUGCUAUGGGUGGGUUUGUGUCUCUCUUGCUGUGCUGACUGGGGUUCUGCAGCUGGUCCUGUUUGAAAGAUCCUGUCCUUUGUACAGAGCUUAAGUGUCUUCACCAAACUAAGAAGCCCUGUCAAUAAACACCCCAACUCAAACAGCAGAAUCCUAAUGUGUGGUAGCAGUUCUCUAACUGUAUUUGUUUCACUGGUUGUUCAUAUGUGGCUACAGCAAGUAGGAAAGGCAGUUCUGGAAGCUUGCACUUGGGGGUUUGUUACUCCUGAUCCUGGUGGGAUAGGAAUGAUCGUAGCUGAGGGUGCCUGCCCAACAUUGCUGCAGAAGGUGAUUUCAUUGUCUCACUGAGUCUGCUUUUUUUUCCCCCUGCAUGUACCAGAUUAUCUGUUGAAUAGGAGUCUGGAAUAUAUAAAUUUGUAGUUCAUUUAUUUUGCUGUAGUGUAAACUUCAACUUGUUGCACUGAGACCAUUGAGAAUGAAUUAAGGUGUGUGUCACCUUAACAGCUGAUUGCUCUAAAAACUGCUGUUGUCACGGAGCCAUGUAGCAUGUUUGAUUUCAUGAAUGUUGUUUGUGUACAAAAUCACCUUGAAUAUGCUGGGUUUGUCUUUGUAAAUAAGCCUGUCUGAAUUGUUUGUGCUUUUCUAUGACCUGUUCCUCCUUUUUUAAAAACUGAACUGUCUUCUUUACAGAGCUAAAACCUGUGUUAAUGCAUUUUAAAAGUUUACUGUUUUAAAAUGAACUCUCUUCACUCUCUGUUGUAACUGCUGAAUAGGUAAAUACAACCUAAACAGAAACUUC